AUGCACACUGUAUACACCAACACCAACUUCACAUGUUUGACCUUCAUCCUGGCAGGCGUCCCAGGGCUGGACGCUGGGCACCUCUGGCAGAUCAUGCCCUUCUCUUCCAUUUACCUCAUGGCCCUUGUAGGGAACUGCACAAUUCUCUUCAUCAUCAAGAUGGACCCCGGCUUGCAUGAGCCCAUGUACUACUUCCUCUCCAUGCUGGCCCUCGCCGACCUGGGCUUGUCCCUAUGUACGAUGCCAACGGUGCUGAGCAUCCUCUGGCUGAACUCCAGAGAAAUCAGUGCUGGUGCCUGCUUCACUCAGUUUUAUUUUAUUCAUACAUUUUCCUUCUUGGAGUCCUCGGUGCUGCUGGCCAUGGCCUUUGACCGCUACAUGGCCAUCUGCCACCCUCUGCGAUAUGCCUCCAUCCUGACCAGCAGCAGAAUAGCCAAGAUAGGCUUGGCCAUUCUGGGCAGAUGCAUCUUCGUUGUGAUGCCUGGUGUCUUUGUGCUCAGAAAGUUACCAUUUUGUAGGUCCCAUGCACUCUCCCUUUCUCACUGUCUGCACCAGGAUCUGAUGAAGCUGGUGUGUGCAGACAUCAUGUUCAAUAUAGUGUAUGGAUUAUCGUUAGCCAUCCUCAUUUUCAUGUUAGACUCACUGCUAAUUUUUGCCUCCUAUAUCUUGAUCUUCAAGACCAUCCUGAGCAUCGCCUCCCGUGAAGAAUGUCUCAAAGCUCUGAACAACUGCUUGUCCCACAUCAUUGCAGUCUUAAUAUUAUAUAUCCCGAUGGCUGGUGUAUCUAUUGUUCACAGGUUUGGCCAACACACAUCCCCUGUGGUUCAUGUUCUGAUGGCAAAUGUCUACCUGCUUGUCCCACCGGUGCUGAAUCCUAUCAUUUACAGCAUCAAAACAAAGCAGAUCCGCCAAGGCAUCCUCAGACUUUUCUCUCUGCAGAGGACCUAUGGUACAUGGCCUAAAAGAAGUUUGGUCACACCUCAUAGAUAA